GAAAACUAAACGUAGUGGAUAAAAAUAACGAGCCAAGGUUGCAACUGCAGAGGACAACAUGAAGAGGGGAAGUGUGGGGCUUAAUUCAUCCUCGGGAGCAUUUAGUCAUUCAGGAUCAGGGAUCCACAAAGGUAGCCAAAGUUCAAAGCAGAAGUUUCUCUUCGUAAAGCAAAAAGGCAGCCACGGCCAACACAUCGGUGCCAACAGAAACGAUCAGACUCCCAAAAGAGCAGCGAAGGUGGUGGAUGCUGAAGGGAAGAAUGUCACCCCUCUUGCCCUGACACUUGCAGAGUCAGGAGAUACACCUCUGCGUGAUAUCUUUGCUAGCAUGGGAUCAGAGCACUCAAAAUCCUCCUUUAGCCUAAACACAGGCUGUUUCAGAUUGCUCAGCAGCUCCAUUAUUGGUAGCAGGACUUUGUCGAACUUCUCCAUAAGGGAAACCGUGACUAAAGAGACAGAGAAUGUUCUUCCUCCGCUUGACAUCAACUCAAAACUCCCUGCUCACUGCGAGGAGCUUGUGAAAAUAGAAACUAUGGAAAAGCAUGUGGAGAUGCAGGAUGAAUUGGCUGACGUAUUUAUUUCUGAGACGGGUACCAUUGUGCUGAUGGACAUGACAAGCACCCUUAUCUCAAACGAUGCUGAGGAUGCGGAAAAGAUUAAAGAGAGCAACCGAUUGUAUGUUCAACUUUGUGAGAGCAAAUUUGGCAGUGAAAAGUAUGUCAAUCAUUCAGCGCUGACAUUUGGGGGAUCAUCUAAAACCAAACACGUCCAGACCAACAAAAACAUUGUGACUGAAAAGGGCACAACUGCUACAGUCUGGGACAUGUAUGAUUCUUUCACUAGAAAAAGUAAAGCUCCUGAAAACAACAGAGCAGAUUCUACUGUGAGCACCAGAGAGAAGAGCAGCAGUGGUAGCAGUGACAGAGGCAAUGCAGGGUCGGAUUUCAAAACCAAUGGGAUAACUUUAAAGACUGACCAAGGCCAGGAGGAAAUCAUCCUUUCAAAAUUGUUCAGAAAGAGUUUGUUUUUGAUGGAGAGGAUCAUUCAGGCAAAUGUCUUCCAGUCAAAACUGGCUGCUUAUAGACAUCUGCCCAUCCUGAAAGAUUCUGACAGCAAGGUGGAGCCUGAUGAAGAGGAGCAGCAUGGAGAGGACAUGGAGAGAACUCCCACCAUGGAACGUCUGUGGGCAUUCGUUUACGAGCCCACCAGAGGGUAUAACAUAACCUGCAUGGCCUGGAACAAGAAAAACGAGGAUAUCCUGGCAGUAGCCUAUGGUGACAGCGACUCCAUGAGCCAUAAACCUUGUUUCAUCCUCUGUUGGUCCCUCAAAAACCCGACGUGGCCGGAGCGCUGCUUCUCCUGUCAAAGCUGCGUGAUGAGCCUGGAUUUCUCAACCAACAACCCUUGCUGCCUGGCCGUGGGGAUGUACGACGGCUCUGUGGCGAUCUACAACGUUCAGAUGGAAGGCAGCCGGGCGUGCAUCGCCAACAGCAGUGACUGUCACAGGGAGCACCUGCAUCCAGUGCGACAGGUCACCUGGACUAAAAAGGAGAUGAAACUAUCAGGGGAGGAGAGGGAGGAAGUUCUUGUCUCUGUGUCAGCAGAUGGCAGGAUUACCAAGUGGCUCUUCUGCAGUGGGCGCCUCGACUCUGUCGACCUGAUGAAGCUGAGGAAGAUUCAAGAUAAUAAGAGGAAGGUUGCAGGGGACAAGAAGAUGUCAAAAAAUGUUCAGACGGCAGGGACUCCUGGUCUUUGCAUUAGCUUCCAUCCAAAAAACUUUGGAACCUAUCUUGCUGGUACCUGGGAUGGCCCCAUCCACAAGUGCUCCUUUUCCAACAGCGAUCAAUCUCUGGACAUUUACAAAAAACACAUUGGCAUGGUGAAUCACAUUGAGUGGUCGCAGUUUUAUCCCGACAUGUUCCUGAGCUGCUCCUCAGACUGCACCAUCCAUCUGUGGAACCAGAACAGCUUAUCCCCCGUGCUGAGCUUCUCUUCAAUCAAGAGUGAAGUGUACUCUGUCCAUUGGUCCCCAAACUUCUCCACAGUGUUUGCAGCCAUUUACAGACAACAAGUGGAGAUCUGGGACCUGAGUGCAAGCAUACUGCACCCAACCAUUGUACAUCAGGCUGCACCCGGCGUGAAGCUGACCUCCAUGCUGUUUGCCACAGAAUCCAACUGUGUCUUGGUGGGGGACAGUGAGGGUCAAGUAACGGUCUACAGGCUAAAUUACCUCAACUCUGAAGCAGACAUGCAGGACGACCAUUUGGACCUCCUCCAGUCUAUUUCCAAGUGUCUUUAAGGUUGGAAAACCUCCUUUAUAUAUCCUUUAAAACAAGUUUACUCUGUUCUUGAUUAAAAUGUUUCUUUUGUUGUCAAGGCU